ACAGCAGCCGCUACUUGGGGGACCUCUUCUGGACCAGCUCGUCCGCAAGAGAACCGGAGACUCCUCGGCGGGGAAAACAUCGCCAAAGUCUCGGAAAGAAGAGCAAAGACUGACUAAAGUUGAAGUCCGAUGUACGAAAGCGUUCGCCGGAGCGGGAAGGAAUACUGUUGUCCUGGAGCUUUGCUUGAGGCUGGAAGCCCAGAGAUGAGCGGCGUCUUAGGAUGAGAACCGUCUACCAGUACCCUGUCUCCCCCAGACCUGCAGGAGGAGCACCUCGGGCCACUGCGUGAGAUUGCGUGGUGUGGCUAACGCCGUCGAGGUGCCAUGGCUCUCGUCCAGGCUUUUCCUGUUACUGACCACCCCGAUCCCAGUCUCGACGCCCAGCAGUGCCAGCCGUUACCAUCUCAGUCAUCCCCCGCCUCCUGCAGCACGACCACAGCAGCCAUGGGUUCUGUAAGUAGUCUGAUAUCGGGCCGCACGUACCAAGAGAGGCACUGCCGAGCCGCCAGCGAGUUCACCGCCAAGGCUCGGCGCUCCACGCCAGCUACCAGCUGCUUCCGGCUCCAGGACAACACGCUUGGCAGCGGAAGCUCCUUAGAGCAACUUCUGGUGAUCAACAAGCAGGCGCAGCCCCAGGCAAAGAUUCUACCUCCACCUCUGCCCACCAAGAAGCAGCCUCGGCCGGGAAACUCCGCGGAGGGCGGAAGCUCAACAACCGCUGGUGGAAUGAAUAAGAACUUAGGGUGUGUGAGCAAUGACAUGGUAGUCGGGGACUGGAACGACAACCUGGUCGUGGCCACUGCGAGUCCCUGCAGCGACUCAGAGGACCAAAAGGACAACAGGACUUUGAAUGGGAACAUCGGAGGACCUCCUCCAAAGCUCAUCCCAGUUUCUGGACAGUUGGAGAAGAACAUGGAGAAAGUGCUGAUCCGUCCAACAGCGUUCAAGCCUGUCGUUCCCAAGAAUCGCCAUUCCGUGCAUUACCUGUCCCCACGGCCAGGGGGCAGCAGUCUGUCAGAAAGCCAGGGCAGCCUCAACCUCCUCCUGCCACUCUCAGCAUCCGGUGGUGCCAACGGGCCCGGCGGCGGCGGCGGCGGCGCUUCUGAAGAGAAGCGCGACUCCUACUGCGGGGGGCGCAACGCUCGAAGCAGCCAGUCCUGCUCCAUGUCGGACUCCGGGAGGAACUCUCUCUCCAGCCUUCCCACUCACAGCAGCACAGGCUACAGUUUGGCCCCCAGUGAAGGCUCCAGUUCGGGCUCGGGCUCCGGGGGCCAGUUGGAGCCAGGGCAGGCUCUGGUUCGAAACAUUUCAGGUGGAAUCAAUGGACACGGUCACUCAGACAGUGGACGCUCGUCAUCCAGUAAGAGCACUGGGUCCGGGUCGAUAAGCGGGCGCGGGCAGCCCCUGUCCGACAGCGGCUCAUGCGGCCACUCGUCGCCGCCGGCGGAGGCCUACGAGGUGGUGGUGAAGGACCUGGAGGAAAAGCUGAGGGAGCGCGACAUGGAGCUUCAGCAUCUGAGGGAAAACCUGGAUGAGAACGAAGCGGCCAUCUGCCAGGUUUAUGAGGAGAAGCAACGUCGCUGUGAGAGAGAGAUGGAAGAGCUGAGACAAAAUUGUGCCACCAAGAUGAAGCAUGCCUCCCAGAAGGCCCAGAGGGCUCAGCAAGUCUUACAGUUACAGGUGUUUCAACUGCAGCAAGAGAAAAAGAAGCUCCAGGAGGACUUCUCGUCUCUGCUGCAGGACAGGGAAACCCUGGAGAGGAGGUGUGCCAGCAUCCAGCGAGAGCAGACCCAGCUGGGUCCUCGACUGGAGGAGACCAAGUGGGAGGUGUGUCAGAAGUCAGGAGAGAUCUCCCUCCUGAAGCAGCAGCUGAAGGAGAUGCAGGCAGAGCUCAGCCAGAAGGGCGGCGACAUCGUGGUGCUGAGGGCCCAGCUGAGAGAAGCCCGAUCGGAGCUGCAGGCCAGCCAGGUUCGCUCUCAGGAGGCCCAGGCGGCGCUGAGGACACGAUCUCUGGAGCUGGAGGUCUGCGAGAACGAACUCCAGAGGAGGAAGAGCGAAGCCGAGCUGCUGCGGGAGAAAGUGCUGCGCCUGGAGGAGGAGCUGGUCCGCCUCCGGGACGCUCUGGCCAAUCACGGCGGGAGCAUGAAGGGUCAGUGCUUGAACCUGACCCUGCAGCAGGGGAGGGGACUGCCGGGGAGGGGCGGCCCCAGUCCUUCUGUGUACCGGGAUGUGGAGGACGGUCAUCUGGUCUGGGGAGGAGAGAGCGACGAAGCCAAGGCACAGAGGCAGAAUGCAGAAUCCCUGCUGGGACUCAGACAACAGGUGGACAGGUUGAAGGCGGAGCUCAUUUACGAGAGGAGGUCAAGCGAGGAGCAGAUGUCUCGAUUUGAGGACGAAAGGAGGGUGUGGCAGGAGGAGAAAGAAAAGGUGAUCCGCUACCAGAAGCAGCUGCAGCAGAACUACAUCCAGAUGUACCGACGAAACCGGGACCUGGAGCGAGUGAUGCGGGAGCUGACCCUGGAGCUGGAGAACAGGGACAUGAUGGACGACUACGAGGUCCACAGCGGCAGCAACGAGAUCCACUUUGAGGAGAUCACCGCCACCGAGAUUUAAAAAAAAAAAAACUCAACGUGAAAAUUAUGAACGGUAGACACAGAACCAAACACCAGACCAAAACAAACACGGCUGACUUUUUACCUCUCGAGCGGCUCCCAAAGGUGCGUUGUCACUCUCUCUCUCCUGCAGCACAAAACCUCUUCUCUUCUUUGGGAGCAAAAGCAGUGUUUGAAUCAGGGUAUUCAGGAAGUAGGAAAUGCAAAAAGAAAAAAGGUAAACAAUAGGGCACCAGCAUGCAUGUUCGAUAAUGAUGUCAUCAUAAUCCUCACUGCUAAAUAUUCAUAUAAUCCUUUUUGCUCUCAGCAUUGUCACCAUGCAACUGCUGCACUGAACCUCAAACUUAUAACCAAGGGGACAAAUACCGUUUUUCCUUGAAUUAAUUUAAAACCUCUUUUUACUCGGGCGCUUACCAAAAGGCAUGAAGUAAAGGUAAGCAUGCGCUAAUUAUUUUAAAACUUCUUCUCACUCCGGCACUUACCAAAGGCAUGCAGUAAAAAUUUGAGUGUGAUGUAAGGAUACCAUCAUGAAAAGCACAUUUGAUUAAAAAAACGUUUUUAUGGUCUUACCAUCCAUCAUCUUCCGCUUAUCCGAGGUCGGGUUGCGGGGGCAGCAGCCUAAGCAGGGAAACCCAGACUUCCCUCUCCCCAGCCACUUCGUCUAGCUCUUCCCGGGGGAUCCCAAGGCGUUCCCAGGCCAGCCAGGAGACAUAGUCUUCCCAACGUGUCCUGGGUCUUCCCCGUGGCCUCCUACCGGUUGGACGUGCCCUAAACACCUCCCUAGGGAGGCGUUCGGGUGGAAUCCUGACCAGAUGCCCGAACCACCUCAUCUGGCUCCUCUCGAUGUGGAGGAGCAGCGGCUUUACUUUGAGUUCCUCCCGGAUGGCAGAGCUUCUCACCCUAUCUCUAAGGGAGAGACCUGGAAACUCAUUUGGGCCGCUUGUACCCGUGAUCUUAUCCUUUCGGUCAUGACCCAAAGCUCAUGACCAUAGGUGAGGAUGGGAAUGUAGAUCGACCGGUAAAUUGAGAGCUUCGCCUUCCGGCUCAGCUCCUUCUUCACCACAACGGAUCGGUACAACGUCCGCAUUACUGAAGACGCCGCACCGAUCCGCCUGUCGAUCUCACGAUCCACUCUUCCCUCACUCGUGAACAAGACUCCUAGGUACUUGAACUCCUCCCCUUGGGGCAGGGUCUCCUCCCCAACCCGGGGAUGGUUUUUAUGGUCUUACCUUUACUUAUAAAUGAAGUCCAUGCCAGCUCAUUCUGAUCAAAAGUGUCGAUAACUUGUUCAUAGAAGUUUUUUUGAUUGAUUGAUACUUUUAUUAGUAGUUUGCACAGUUCAGUACAUAUUCCGUACAAUUGACCACUAAAUGGUAACACCCGAAUAAGUUUUUCAACUUGUUUAAGUCGGGGUCCACGUUAAUCAAUUCAUGGUAAGUCUUCCUUAUUUUUCUUCAGUUUUAAAGGGGAACAUUAUCAGCAGACCUAUGUAAGCGUCAAUAUAUACCUUGAUGGUGCAGAAAAAAGACCAUAUAUUUUUUUAACCGAUUUCCGAACUCUAAAUGGGUGAAUUUUGGCGAAUUAAACGCCUUUCUGUUUAUCGCGCUGGAGGCGAUGACGUCAGAAUGUGACGUCGCCGAGGUAACACACCCACCAUUUUCAUUUUCAACACAUUACAAACACUGGGUCUCAGCUCUGUUAUUUUCCGUUUUUUCGACUAUUUUUUGGAACCUUGGAGACAUCAUGCCUCGUGGGUGUGUUGUCGGAGGGUGUAACAACACUAACAGGGAGGGAUUCAAGUUGCACCACUGGCCCGAAGAUGCCAAAGUGUCUGACGCCAGACCCCCAUUGAAUGUGCCAGAGUGUCUCCACAUUUGACCGGCGAUGCUAAGACAGACAUGGCACAGAGAUGUAUGGAUAACCUGCAGAUGCAUUUGCAACGAUAGUCAACGAAAUCACAAAGGUGAGUUUUGUUGAUGUUGACUGCCAGCUAAUCGAUGCCAACAUGCUACGCUAAUCGAUGCUAACAUGCUAUUUACCGGCGAUGCUAAAGCAGACAUGGUACAGAGAUGUAUGGAUAACCUGUAGAUGCAUUUGCAACUAUAUUACAUUUCCUUCCACCCACAUUUAAUGCGAAACAAACACUUACCAAUCGACGGAUUUAAGUUGCUCCAGUGUCAAAAGAUGCGAAAGUCCCGAUCGUUUGGUCCGCACAUUUUACCGGCGAUGCUAACGCAGCUAUUCGGCCAUGCUAUGGCUAUGAAUAGCGUCAAUAGCUAUUCGCUCAAUAGCUUCAGUUUCUUCUUCAAUAUUUUCAUACUCCAACCAUCUGUUUCAAUACAUGCGUAAUCUGUUGAAUCGCUUAAGUCGCUGAAAUCCGAGUCUGAAUCCGAGCUAAUGUCGCUAUAUCUUGCUGUGGUAUUCCCAUUGUUUGUUUACAUUGGCAGCACUGUGUGACGUCACAGGGAAAUGGAUAGUGGUUUCGAAGAUAGCGAACAUAAGGCACUUUAAAGCUUUAUUUAGGGAUAUUCCGAGACCGGUAAAAUUUUGAAAAAAACUUCCAAAAAAUACAACAAGCCACUGGGAACUGAUUUUUAUUGUUUUUAACCCUUUUGAAAUUGUGAUAAUGUUCCCCUUUAAAAGUCUCUCUAUCUCGAUGGAGAUCUUCCUUUAUUUCCUCCUGCUUCGAUUGAAAGUCCAGUUUAGAAAACCGUCACAUCCGUCCCAGCACAUAUCACGUCACUCGUUGUCACUUCUUCUGCAGCUGAGUAGUCGCAAGAAGGAUCACUAGCGCCCUCUACCACCAGGAGGCGGGAGUCAUUUAAUGACUCAUAUUUGACACACGCAGCUAUGGUAUGUUAAUAAAACAUAGCUGCUUACUGUUCUUUUUAGCAUAUUCAAUAGCUUGGACCUUAAAUCCUACUGAAUAGCUCUUAAUCUUCUUCCCUUUAUGCGAUGUCCUCCAUUUUGAAAAUGCUGACAGAGAAAGUGUCACUCGUGACGUCACAAGUUUAACUUGGCGAUAAUGCUAAGCAUGCGCUGAUUAUUUUGCGAAGCGAGUUUGACCCAAGGCAGGCCCAUACUAUACACAAUUCAAGGAAAUACGGUAUGCUGUCUUCUCAGUGUGGGAUAUUGGCCUGGUAGUACCACUCUCUUCCCUAAGGGGGAGCCACAGUGCUAACAUUUUCACUGCAAUCUUCCAAGUUCGAAUUGGACCUGGACGCAUCAGGAACGCUAACAAUGGAGCACAAGUGUCUCCUAUAUACUUAUUUUAUCUAAGAGGAGAAUGAGGGCAAUAAAGUGGAGUAUAAUA